CGACAGUGAAGCAAUUAUUUAUAGUUGGCCGGAGCGCAGAAAGGACGGAGAGAAAACGAGGGCAAGAGGAAGCCAGCGAGAGGCAGCUCCGGGGGCGCUGGGAUCCGGCCGGACACCGGCCCUGCCUGAGUUCACAGCUCAUCUCGCAUCCCCGAGCGGAAAGGGGGAGGGGACGGACCCCUGGGGUCCUAAUUCAAUCCACCGGACAUGGCCGGAUCCCCCCCGGCCGGACACACCGUGAGCCUCACGUGGCAGCACCUCCUGCUGGCCCUGCUGGAAGCUUUGUGUUACAGCCAUGUCUCUGGGUCUUGGAGAUCCUCGCUCCCUGGGACCAUCCGGGCUCUGAAGGGUUCCUGCGUGGUCAUCCCCUGCUCGUUCACCUACCCCGGCUCCCGCGAGUCCCUGGGUGGUCCAUUCAGCGUGGUCUGGUACCAGUACCGGAGCCGGGGCUACCCCGAGAUCUAUAACAGCAAGGGCCCGGCCAGCGUGCUGGCCGAGUACCAGGCCCGGACGCAGCUGCUGGGGGAUCCGGAGAUGGGGAACUGCACUCUGAGCAUAAACCCCGUGCGGAGCGAGGACGCCAUGAGUUACUACGUCUGGAUCAACCCCGACUCCGUCAGGCAUCGCUUCUACGACGUCACAGUCCGGGUGGAGGUGGCAGACACUCCAGACCCGCUGAUGCUGAGCGACCCCGGGGUGCUGAUCGAGGGCGACCAAAGCACCAUCACCUGCUCCAUCCGCCACACCUGCCCCUCGGCCCCUCCCAGCCUGGGCUGGAGCCCCCGGGGGGGCAAAGCGGCGGCCAGCCAGGAGCGGCUGGCGGGGGGCGGCUGGCGGGCGGAGUCGGAGCUGAGCUACACCCCCUCGUACAAGGACCACGGGCGAUACCUGCAGUGCACGGCCACCUUCCCCAACCAGCAGCAGGCGCGCAACGGGCUGCACCUGCAGGUCAAGUAUCGCCCGCGGGGCGCGGCUGUGGCCGUGGUGGGGCCGGCCCGGCUGAAGGAAGGCGACAACGUCACCCUGCGCUGCACCAGCCAGAGCCACCCCCCGGCCACCACCUACCGCUGGUUCCAGGGGCCGCGCCGGGCCCUGCUGCGGGGGCUGGGCCGGGGCCCCGAGGUGACGCUGCUGGCUGUGGGGCGCCACGCGGGGCCCUACCGCUGCGCCGCCGAGAACGAGAUCGGCCUGGGGGAGGACUCGCCCGCCGCAAACCUCGACGUGGAGUACCCGCCGGAGCUGCUGCCGCGGGGGAACUGCACGGUGCGGGGCCGGGGCCCCGGGGAAGCCGCCACGUGUCACUGCGCGGCCGAGGGGAACCCCCCGCCCCGCCUCGAGUGGCGCCUGCCCAACCGCACCCUCCCCGGGGACUUCGAGGGCCCCGAGCUGCGAGCGACCUCGUGGGCGCGGGGCCCGGCCGUGAGCGGGGAGCUGCGGGGCCCGGCCGGGGCCCUGGCCAACGUGUCCUGCGCUGCCACCAACGCCCACGGGCAGAGCCAGGCCGCGCUCCCCGUGGUGCCCGCAGGGGACGAUAAUUUGCUGCUCAUGGUCUGCAGCGGAGUCAUCGGCGGCGUUCUGCUCCUCUCGGUGCUGGCGAUCGUGGUCUACAAGGUAGCCAGAGCCAGGAAAGAUGAAGACGAGGGUCCCUCGAUCUACGACAAUGAAGGCAACGGGGAGCAGAGGCCGCCCCUCAAGGGGGGGAAGCCGAGCAAGGCGAAGAAAGACGAGCAGUUCAACCUCUACAGCAAGGCAAAGGCAGGUGGAGAGGAGCUGGGCAUUGACGACUACGAGGCCAUGGAGAGAGUGGAAGACUAUGAGAAUUUAGCAGCAGGAGGAGCCGGACAUUACGGGAACGUUGGCACUUGGCAGCCGCAUGUGCUGUCUGAGCAGAUCUACUCCAACGUCUAACCCUAGAGCGGGAGCGGACGGGCCGAAAAUGCUUCUAAAUAUCUCUUCUAUUUAAACAAGUGCUUGUAUAGCUAGGAGUAAUAAUAGCUAGAGCCGUGGGGGUGAGCGGUGGGACGGCUGGUGACGACAUGGUGGGGGCAGUGGGAUAUGCCUACACCCAACCCGUGUCAGGGACUGAGGUAAUCAGGCGAGUCACUGGGAGGAACAUGAUGCUAGAGGUGUGAUAUAGAGAGGGGAAAAGUGGUGUGAGCAGUGGGAUUUAGCUAGUGUGAACUGGUGCCAGUAGUGGGAUCGCUGGAAAACUAACCAAACCACCCAUACCUGCCCAUAGCCAUCUGCCCCCUCCAGGGACGGUUUAGUCACCACAUGUACCUGUAAAAGACCCCACGCGCCCACCAGCCCCGGGCUACAUGCCAGCUUCCCCGGGCAUACGCUGAUGUCCACAUAACCAUGCCCCCCGACCCCCUGAGAAGGCCAAUCAGAUUUGCUACCCCUGGAUGACAUAACACUAGACACCCAAUGGGGUGACACCCCUAGUAUCAGCUGGUCCCUGUGCUAGGUCCCAUUAACCCCCUGGGGGCUGGAGCGGAGUGAAACGCACGUAGGAUCGUGCAAGGUUAAGAACAGAGGAUUUUCCCACCUACUCCGAUUUCCUAAGGGUUAAAAAAUCCCCCUAAAAUCCUGGAAGGGGAGAAUCUCAGGGUCUUGAAAGGUUCAAAGAUCCCAUAAGGGCAGGGUGUAGGGGGUGGCUUGAUACCCUGUAGAUCGUGAAGGAACCGAUCACAUCUGCCACCGGGUGCAAUUUUACUACUGGGUUUAAUAGUGUUACCCCCUGGGACUCCCGGCCACUGGAUAUUAGUUACCCCCUGCAAAUCACACUUCUAGAGCUUUGAAAGGCGAUAUUUCACCCCACUGUUCGUUUCUAACUCUGAGAUCCACCCCGGCUGCUUUGCCCCAA